AUGCUCCAAUCUAUUUUUAUAUCUUAUUCUAAAAGUAGAAUUCAAAACUGUGACACAAGGAAUAUAGAGAUUUGGGUCACCAAAGAGAAGAUUAAAAAUAGGGAAGGAGAAGCUGUGGAGUGGAUGAAGUUCAUGAACGUGUCAGUUCCUGAAUGGUCGAGUUUUAAAGUAGUCUCCUUUUGGUAUCCGCCAAGCUACUUCAUCGAUGAUAAAAGUCAUAGUCUCGUGUUGUGUAGUUAUAACGAGGAGCGAAAGGCUACCAUCUACAUUGCUAAGGGAGAUAAGUUCAACGAAAUCAAAAUAAAUGAUUUGGUUGAUGAUUAUCCACGUCACCGUACAUAUUUUCCUAGUCUUGUCCAAGUUCCUACAAUCAAGACGAGCAGCAGGGGGCCUGUUGGGUCCCUCUUUACGCUCCCUAAGGGAGUAGAGGUGAGCAAUGGAGUUGGAGGAAACGAGUGGGACGAUGGCGUCUUCGACCGUAUAGAGAAAAUAUAUGUAGGAGAAAUUAACCUUGGUGGUGUCUUCCUUAAAUGUGACUACGUCAAGGAUAACAUGAAUGUAGUUGGAGUCGGUCACUGGAGCGCAAACACUCUUAUCCCAGAUCUAUAUGACAUUAAGCUUAUCGCUAAUGAUGACUACAUCGAAGCCAUCGAGGGGAGCUACACUGAGAGUCAAAUCACAUCUAUCAUGUUCCGGACGCACAAGAAAACAUCACGGCCGCUACAAUGUGGAAUGUUUAACGGAAAGCCCUUCGUGCUCCGAGGAGAAAAAGGUUCGAAGAUCAUCGGGUUUUACGGAAGAAGUUCUGGUGACCACCUAACCGCUCUCGGCAUUCACCUCUCUGCUCCCGGCUAGAUUUAUCCCAUACUAUAAAUCAUAUUUAUGCAUGUUAUUAUUUAUAUUACUUUACUUAUUUUAUUUUAUGCAUUUAUAUGAUUGUAGAUAUUGUUUUAAUUCUUGUCAAAUCAUUUUAA